AUGUCAUUUGAAAAUUUACAUAAAGUCAAUGCUGAGGCAUUGGAGGAUGCCGUCGUCGAGAUCUGCUCCUCGUUGGAGGUCGAUGCAGCAAAGUUGGACGAACUAACAGCCUACUUCAUCGAAUGUAUGGAAAAGGGGUUGAAUAACACCUCUGUAGGCGAAGAAAAGACGGUGGACAAGGGUUUACCCAUGAUCCCAACAUAUGUAACCAGUUUGCCCAAUGGGACAGAACGUGGUGUUUUGCUGGCUGCAGAUUUGGGUGGGACUCACUUCAGAGUGUGUUCUGUGACUUUGAAUGGUGACGGAACUUUUGAUAUGCAGCAAUUGAAAUCUAAGAUUCCAGAAGAGUAUCUCAAUGAUAAGGAUGUCACCAGCGAAGAGCUGUUUAGCUACUUGGGCCGUCGUACAAGGGCUUUUGUUAGAAAGCACCAUCCUGAGUUGUUGAAGUCCACGGGAGAGAACAUAAAACCUUUGAAAAUGGGGUUCACCUUCUCCUAUCCGAUUGACCAAACUUCUUUGAGUUCCGGUACUUUAAUCAGAUGGACCAAAAGCUUCAAAAUUGAAGACACGGUCGGCAAGGAUGUAGUGAGAUUGUACCAAGAACAACUAGACAUCCAGGGGCUCUCCAUGAUCAAUGUGGUGGCUUUGACCAAUGACACGGUUGGCACUUUCUUAUCGCACUGCUACACCUCAGGCGCCCGUCCCUCGAGUGCUGGUGAGAUCAGCGAGCCUGUCAUUGGUUGUAUCUUUGGUACCGGUACUAACGGUUGCUAUAUGGAGGAUAUUGAAAACAUCAAGAAGUUACCAGAUGAACUGAGAACAAGACUGCUGCAUGAAGGAAAGACUCAAAUGUGCAUUAACAUUGAAUGGGGUUCCUUCGAUAAUGAAUUGAAACAUUUAUCUGCUACAAAGUAUGACAUCGAUAUCGAUCAAAAAUUCUCUCCAAAUCCAGGUUACCAUCUAUUUGAAAAAAGAAUUUCCGGCAUGUAUUUGGGGGAGCUGUUGAGAAACAUCUUGGUGGACUUACAUGCAAGGGGCUUAAUAUUGGGGCAGUACCGUAAUUACGAUCAGUUACCUCAUCGUUUAAAGACUCCUUUCCAAUUGUGUAGCGAAGUUCUCUCCAGGAUCGAAAUCGACGAUUCGACAAACUUGCGUGAAACCGAAUUGUCGUUCUUGCAAAGUUUAAGGCUACCGACCACUUUUGAAGAACGUAAAGCGAUUCAAAAUUUGGUCCGUUCAAUUACAAGAAGAUCUGCAUAUUUGGCAGCCGUUCCGAUUGCCGCUAUCCUAAUCAAGACGAACGCUUUGAACAAAAGAUAUCACGGUGAAGUAGAAAUCGGCUUCGAUGGUUAUGUCAUUGAAUACUACCCUGGGUUCAGGUCCAUGCUAAGACAUGCUUUGGCAUUAAGUCCAAUUGGCACUGAGGGUGAACGUAAGAUCCAUUUGCGUCUAGCCAAAGAUGGGUCCGGUGUUGGUGCAGCUUUGUGUGCUCUUGUGGCAUGA